CCACUGUCAGUUCGCCUCUGUCCCGGCGUUUUAGAUCAGUCUGAGUCUAUAUUAGAAUGCAUUGUCAACUUUUAGUGCUGUCUCUUUCUCAGUGCCGUCUGCCCUCAUCCAAUCCGAAUGACAAUAGUGUUUAUGUAAAAUGUACUGCCUUUGGGCCACUGGGGCACAGAACACUGCAUGCCACACCACCUUUUACGGCUUUUUAUUGUGUUUCCUUUGUGUCCCAUCAUCACAAGGGGAGGACGCGGCCAUCAAAAUUCUCCAAGACAAAAUUCUUCGCAACGUGUGAAUGCAUGUGCACGCACAUGCAUCCGGAACAAUUAGUUCGGGGCACGGCGUACUUAAAUGUAGUGACGCCAUUCCCCGAUGCCGUCAGCAGGCCCAACUCUGACUCAGCUGGGUUUCCUUGAUGUUAAUACAGACAAUAUAGAUCUUAAUAAGACAAAUCUACCUCUCCGAAACUCAGUGCUGACACCCUUUCAUUCUUAUUCCCUCCCAGCCUCCUCUCUCUCUCUCUCUCUUUCUCUCCCUCUGUCUCUUUCUUUCUUUGCUACAUUACCAGGGGGUGGUGCAUGAUUGACAGAUGGGCAGGAAUAAUAAUUUUUUUUUUUUUGCGUAACCUAAGGCCAUGCUCUGUGAUUGGCUUGCCAGCUGACAUCUCCAAACCUCGCUUGUCGUUUUUUCCCCUCUCUCUCUCACUCUCUCUCUAAUAUUGGCCCUGAUGAUCCUAAGGGGAAAAAAAGUGGGGAGAGAAAAAGAUAUGUACCUUAGGGAAGAACCUCAGUGAGAGGGAGGGAAUCAGAGGACGAGUAGGAGCGUGUGUGCGAGUGUGUGAAAGAGACACUUACUCUCCUAACUACUUGGACACACACACUUUCCUCACCCAACUCAAAGAAGCAGCAAACCCUGGAGAAUUAUUAUUAUUUAUUUUAUUUUUGUGCUUUCAUUUUAAACCCCAAAAUUGCUAAUUAUUCUCUCAAGCAUCCAUCUUUUUCCACCUUAAGACUUGCCAGCUGGGACUUAAUUUUCAGCCCCUCUCUAGGAAUCCUAUGUACUGAUCAAUAGCAAUUUCCAUCCACACAAGACAUACCUCAUGGAUUUGUACCUGGUUGGAUAUCUCAUGUGCAUGUGGUUGUCCAGCUCUCGGGUGCUUGGAGGCUAUCCCAUCUGGUGGUCCCUGGCCCUUGGGCAGCAGUACUCAUCCCUAGGAUCCCAACCCAUCCUGUGUGGCUCCAUACCUGGUCUGGUGCCAAAACAGCUGCGCUUCUGCCGCAAUUACAUCGAGAUCAUGCCCAGUGUAGCAGAGGGAGUCAAACUGGGAAUCCAGGAGUGUCAGCAUCAGUUCCGAGGCCGCAGGUGGAACUGCACCACUAUCAAGGACAAUCUAGCAAUAUUUGGACCUGUUCUUGAUAAAGCCACAAGAGAGUCUGCGUUUGUUCAUGCCAUUGCAUCAGCUGGAGUGGCGUUUGCAGUGACCCGUUCAUGUGCGGAGGGGACCUCCACAAUGUGCGGCUGUGACUCCCAUCAUAAAGGCCCGCCGGGAGAGGGAUGGAAGUGGGGUGGCUGCAGUGAAGAUGCAGAGUUUGGGGUUUUGGUGUCUCGAGAGUUUGCAGACGCUCGUGAGAACCGACCAGAUGCUCGGAGUGCCAUGAACAGACACAACAAUGAAGCAGGACGGAUGACCAUCCUGGAAAACAUGCACUUGCGCUGUAAGUGUCAUGGACUGUCAGGCAGCUGUGAAGUAAAGACCUGCUGGUGGGCUCAGCCUGACUUCAGACUGUUGGGGGAUUACCUGAAAGACAAGUAUGACAGUGCCUCCGAGAUGGUGGUUGAGAAACACCGCGAGUCCAGAGGCUGGGUGGAAACACUACGGGCCAAAUACGCCUUCUUCAAGCACCCCACAGAACGAGACCUGGUGUACUACGAGGGAUCGCCCAACUUCUGUGAGCCGAACCCUGAGACAGGCUCAUUUGGCACCCGGGACCGUGCCUGCAAUGUGUCGUCGCACGGCAUUGAGGGCUGCGACUUGUUAUGCUGUGGCCGUGGCCAUAACACACGGACAGAAAAGCGCAAAGAGAAAUGCCACUGCAUCUUCCACUGGUGCUGCUACGUCAGCUGCCAGGAGUGUGUGAGGGUCUACGAUGUGCACACGUGUAAAUAAGUGCAGGAAGAAAGGGACUAGUGGACAUUAAAGGAUGGAAAGAGAGAGAAGGAAAGGGAGAGACCGAGAACACACACAAGAUAGCGGCACUUCUGUGGUAGAACCCUUUACUAAUGUGCCCUUUUUGAUCUACAUGCCCCAAAAGAUGCUGAUGGUGAGCAUCAUGGUUACUACUGCCAUUCCUCUCACUCUUUUUUAUGGCACGCAUUACAAAAGAACAAAAUGCCUUGUUAUCAUUCAGUCUUCUUUAUCUGUAACACCAUCUCUCUGAUCUUCUCGUCCUGCUGCCCAAGGGCCGAAACAGGAUAUGUUAAAAUACAACCAAUGACACUAGGCGCGCAUUAAAGAACAAGAGGAGGGGGGAAAGCACGACAGGAAACUACUGAACGCUGGGUCUCGAAAUAUGCCCUGUUAUACUACUGAAUCCAAUGUAAUGCCCAUGUUUUUCCUCACGAUUUCCCAAUCAUAUUGUACACUCCUACCGUACCAUUCCCUAUAAUCGUAUAUGUUCAAAUCAUGGAACAUAUUGCUGUUUGCUACAUAAAAACUCUGUAAUUUGUUUAUACAGCAGUUUGGAGGGAUGCAAUUGAUAUAUUAGCCUAGGGGCGGAGCAAACAGGAAAAGGCAUUAUGGGUACCUUCUGAUUUUAAAAAAGGAUUUUUGCAGAACGUGUACAUGCAGAGUCAUCUGGAAUUCUCUUGGAUGAGUGCAUGACUGCAGAAUGCAACGACUCACACUGGGCUUACGUGCACCCGACCAGUUAAAUUUGCACUUACAAAACUACUAAUGAGUAUAUUAAUUCUAGAGAUUACGGUGAUUAUUUUUUAACAUAUUCUUUUUGAUAAAGCUCCUCGUAUAUGACUGUGAAGGCUCAGUUUCAACACUUCCCUGUCGAGAAGUUUGCGUAGAGGAAGGAGAACAAGCGCGCAGGAGGAGGAUAGUUGAGAAAUAGGAGGGUAAAUUAAAGAGGGAAGUGGCAACCCAAUUUCAUGAAAAAACAACUAGGUGGCGCUUUCGUAUGAAUUCGUACGAUUGUAUACGUAGGAAAACGCACGAUUUUUAGAAAAACGAAAGCAUGAGGUCCAUCCCUAAAUCUAACCAUCAGUGGGGCGUAAGCAGAUCACGUGAAAACGUACGAAGGUCGUACAAAUUUAUACUAAGUAGCCACCAAUUUGCCAAUUGUCAUGAGAGUUUGUUGCAAGUGGAGGACUGCUGUGGGUUCGAGUGUGUGAUAAAUGGAAGAAAGACCAGCUUCGCAAAGCUGCAACAGACUGGCGGAGGUUUCCAUAGGACAUGUUCUGACAGUCCCAUAUGCUUCCCAUUAAUUAAGUUUAACUACGCCACGCUAGUUUCACAUUAACACCGAUCCCCGAGGAGCCCUCUCACCAGUCACAUUUAUGCUCCCUUUCUCAUUUCUCCUUCCGCUAUAUCCAAAGUUUUGUACAAAGCCUUUAAAAGUUCAUAAUUCCCUUUUUAUUUUAUAAUCUGAAAAUGUUAUGUUUUUAUAAAUAUUAUUUAUUACACAAUGUAUAUAUCUGUAUGACUGAACUAAGAUUAUAUAUUUGAAGAACAAAACAUGUCUCAUGAUUUUGCUUUUAAAUAUAAGACUGACUCUUGCUCUGCUGGUAUAUGCUAUGUGUAGCCUCAUUUAUAUUAAUAUAUAAUGCGGAUAAUGACACUUUUAACAACAGAAUAUUAAAAUAAAGCAUAGCUUAAAAAUUAAAAUACUGUGUGACAUUGGCACGCAGCUAAAUAAAGGGUUCAAUUUACCUGAUCACAAUCAUCUGAUCCUCAUGUCUGCAUCUACUCUGUCAUUCCAGCACUGACAUCAUUCUGUAGGUUUGCAGACGGACCUCUGUUGUCUCCACUACAGUAGCUCCACUUAAUGACAGAGUAAAGCUGAGACAAUGAACACUACAAAUAUUGACUGAAAUAAAGCUGACUUCUUUUACCUGUUCGUGUAGAUAUUACUCAAUCGGCUCCUGUACACACAGGUCAGUUUGAGAGUCGCACCUGUUGUUACACUGACAGUGUGAAGGUAGCCUAUGUGACAAACCGAUUCCAGAAUCAAAUAAAUGAGGAUCAAUGGGGAU